ACCACCACCACCACGAUAGCCCCUGUCGCUCACCCCACUGCUCCCCCUGCCGCGCCCCCUUGCUGAUGUCCCUGCCCCCAAGACACUGACAGAGGAGGAUGAGGCGCUCACCUUGCCGGCGCCGAACCAGCAGAGCCCCGUGGAAGCCCCAAGGGAGGAGUUUGAGAGGAGAACUGGCAGGGUGCUGAAUAUUGAAGAGGAAGUUGACCUCAACAAUGGAAAUGAAGAGCAAGAGUCCGCUCCUGAUGCUGCUCCUGAAGAAGUCGAAGAAAGUACAGAACCUCCGAUAGAUGUGGAAGUGGAGACUGAACCGACGGGACCCACAUCGACGAGAAAGCCACCGACACGCCUUCGCCCAAUGUCACGUCCCUCUCUGGCUGAGAUAGCGAAGCGGCGUCAAGAGUCGAGGUUCAAGGCAAGGGAUCGUCUGCCCUCGCCUCCCUCCAGUCCUAGGAUUCGGAUCUCACGGCCCAGCAGACCCCAGAGUAGGGAGAGACCCACCCAGUCAAAUUCUCCAGCUCUAAGUUUCCGCUACAGAACCCGCGAACACUCCAGGUACGGUGUUAGUACCGCCACCACCUUCACCACAGUCACACCUGAACUGGCUUCCACCACAGCCACACCUGAACCAUCCUCCACCACAGCUAUACCAGAGGCGUCUUCUAACACCACCACCACUACCACCACCACCAUCACCACCACCACUGCAGCUCCGGAAGAUCCACUGGAGUUACAUUUCAAACCCAAAAGACCCACAAAAUUACAACGUUUCACCAGGGAGCCGAGCAGCACCAGCACUACCACGGCAGCCACACCCACCGUCACUACCACACAGGGAAACUUCAGAGUCACUAGCUUCUUUGCUACCACACCCACCACCACACGAGAACCAGAUGACGCCUUCCCCACCAGAACUACAGAGGCCCCGAAGAGACCAGUGAAGGACAACAAACUGAGGUGGAACAAAUUCAGGUUUCACUCCACCAUAUCAUCAGCAUCGAACCGUCCUACGAGGUUUGAAAGACGCCCACCCACAGGUUUCACCACCGCCACUACUAGUACGGCCCCUGAAGAAGCUCCGUCUGAGGUGAUGAACGAGCGCAAGAUUGACAUCGCAACACUACUUCGAGAGGCCGGUAUACAAGAGGUCUCCCACCAACAUCGUCCUCGCCCCCGCCUUCCCUUCCUCGAACGCCCCACGGUGCCUCGCCAGGGAAUUGGGCUGAGUCCCUCUGUCGGGGAAAGUGUGAGGAACGAACGGCAGACUAAGGACAAAACCAAAGGCAAGACCACCACGCAGGAGGGACAGGAAGAGGGCUUCACCGACACCCUGCCUGAGGACACCACCAUCUUGCCACUGGAGGACGGGGCUGGAGAGGAAACGGCUAAGGAUGAAGUGGUGACUACUCAAAACUUUCCAGAGGAGACCGAGACUGUGCUUCUGGAGGAGGAGCAAGCAACCACGGUGUUGUUUCCUGUGGUUCCUGAAACGACUCUAAAACCAAAGGAAUCGUCUCCAACUACCACCACUAUCACUUAUACUACCACAACCACCACCACGGAAAAUCCUGCACCACAGCCACCUGCCGAAUCAUCUGCCACAUCUCCCGACGAACUCCCGCCGACUCUCCCUUCUGUGGAAGAUCCCUCAUCAGUGCCCUUGGAGGCCGACAUAGUGGACAUCGAGUACCUGGAGACUGAACCUGAACUACCUGUGUAUGACAUCACGGUGGGCACCUCAGUGAUGACAGCCGGCCAUGCCCAGCAUUCCCCUGUGGGUGUUGGCCAAGUCAUCCCCGUGGAUCUGAAGCCGGAAGACUUCGUGGGACAUCCUGAGGCAAAGAAACCUGCAGUACCUUCAGAAACACACCAAAACGACACAGAAGGGGAUGCUGAAGAGAACACAACAAAGACUUUAGAGACCUUCCUUCCUGGUGACGCUGUACAGCCAGAUCACCAAACCAAACCCGAAGGAGACGCUGACAUAAAAGCCACAGAGGAGGAGACCACAAUGCCAGAGACUACUGUGGCUGAAGAGACUCUACCAGUUGAACACAGAGUCGUAGAAGAUGAGACCGAACUUAACACUACCCAGGACUUGGACACAGUGGACAAGACCUCCACGACUCCCUCCCCAGGUUCCUCCUUUCUAGGUGCUCUCUUCAACAUCCUUACCCGCCCAGACAGACCCAGAACCGAGAGGCCUGCCAGACUGCCUUCACGCACCAGACCAGAUAAUUUCAGAAAUGAGAGACCUGGCCGACCUGACAGACCAGGAAGACCGGCAAGACCAGGAAACAGACCAAGACCUGGCCAUAGAAGACCAGGAGGCAUACCAAGACCCGGACGUAGACCAUUUAGACCGUCACUCAGACCAGAUGAGCUAGAGCAACCAACAGACGAGGAGGAGGAACCACAAUCUGAGGUUGGACCAUUCAGACCACCUCAGCAACCUAGACCAGAUGGACCAGAACAACCAACAGGCGAGGAAGAGGGACCAGAAUCUGAAGUCAGACCAUUCAGACCACCUCCGCGGCCGAGACCGGAAACACCGAAGCAGCCCACACUAGAGGAGCUGGUACCAAAUGAAGCUGAACCAAAAGAAGGAUCAGAUCUGUUAAAUUCUGAAAAUGCAGAAAAGCCCAAACCAGACGAACUGGCGCUCGAAGACUCUAAACCUGAUCAGUCUAGGCCAGAACAAACUGAACCAGAGGAAAAAGAUCCAAACGAAGCAGGGCUGGAAGAUCAUUUAGGGCCAGAGAAAGAGGAGCCAGACCAACCUGAAGUUGCAGACCAUCCAAGACCAUUCCGCACUAGACCACCACCACGCCAUCCGUUCAGGACACGCACCAGACCCACAGGCAGACCAGAAUUCAUCCCGCCACGCUUCAGAUUCACGUCUCCAUCACCAAAUAAGGAGGACGAGGAGGAGGUAGUGGAGAAGGUGGAGGAUAAGGAAACGGAGAUAACCACUGAAGAAGAAAAGGAAGAACCCGUUUCUGAAUUCCGACCUUCACUACCUCCACCCACUUCACCACCACCACCUCCACCCCCACCACCACCACCAUCGUCCCUUUCACCAGUAGAGGAACCCAAGGAUCCUAUCAUUAGACCACCACUGUUCAUACCUCCCCCAUCAAGAACAGAAGCUCCAUUGCUGAGUCCCAUCAUACCCACCUUCCUUCACGGUGCAGAAAAGGAGACAAAAUUGCCAGGCAUUGCUCCCAUUGCCCUCUUCGACCUGCCAGAUCCAAUCCAUACUCCCACCAGACGCCCAUUCAUCCCUCCACAGCCCGCGCCACGCCCACAGCAGCCCGCCACCAUAGAGGGUUUACCAUCGGAGCCUGUUCUGGAAGGCGGUUUCUUAGGAAUACAAGAUGAAGGGGACAGAGUGCAACCAACCUUUGAACUAACUGAUGACUACGACAAUGAAGGAGAACCGACCCUGCCGCCGUCCCUUCCUAAUCUCAAAAUCAUCCCAUUCGUGGCAGCUGACGCCCUCACGCGCCCUCACAACACCUUCAGCACUGACGACCUACGCUCCACAUCCCGCCCCCUGCUGCCGCCCUUCUUAAUUCCAGGCCGUGAUCAAGAGGAUGACACAGCCACAAACCUGAAGCCUGAGGACGUCACUGACAAACCCACUACCACCACCACCCCUAUCACCACAACAACCACCACCACACCCUCAACCACCACGGACCUCCCCACCACAGCCCCUCGCCGCACACUACCACACCGUCCUCCUGUUCUGCCACCACGCCGGCCAGGAAGCGAGGAGGCAUCAAGCCGCCGCCCCUUCUUGCCUUUCCGCCGCCCAGGGGAAAGACCGAGCCGCCCGCCUUUCGCUGUGCCACCUUCAUCCACCACAGAGGAGCAGGAAAGCGAGGGCAGCACAUCCAGACCUGACCUGUUAUUUGCUUUGCGUGACCACCAAGCAUCGCGCCCGCCAUUCAUCCCUCCAAGACGCACAACAGCUGACAUCACAGGAAUCACAGCUGAGCCUUCCAGAGCCACACCCCUCUUCACACUCCCACCUAGACAGACACCCCCACCACCACCCCCGCCAACACGUCCACCACCACCGCCCUCACGCCCUCCUCCACUGCCCAUAUCCUCCUUCCUCCCACGCCCAAAACCUACAACUUUGCUUCCCACACAGACACCAAGACCAAUCGUACCAAACGAGAUACCGAACCUGCUGCUCCCGGAUGUGUUUGGGCUCUCAGGGGCUCAGGGCGGCUCCAGGUUCACGGCCAGCCAGGGCACGCCUAAGCCCAUCGUGCCGCUCAAGCUUCCUCCAAGACUGCCGGAAAUACCUGACUCGGUGAAGGACCAAUUACCGCUCGCCACGGAUCCCAUCCUGGCCUCAGGUUUGCUCAAACUCUCCGGCUGUAACAUCUACGGGCGCAUGCAUAAGGUCAAGGACAAGAUCCCAGAGCUGUCCGGCAAGUGUAAGGAGUGCCGCUGUACCCCCGUGGGCGUCCAGUGCCUUCCCACAUGUUAGCACACUGCCCACGCCAUACCUCCGCCCACUCACCCACCCACCACCACUACGAAGACAAGAAGACAAGGAAGAGCAGGAUAUUUGAUUCCUUAAAUAAUGUGUUUAUUUUCAUGAGUUUUAAAUAGUAAUAAUAAUAAUAUAACUAUUAUUAUUAUUAUCAUUAUUAUUAUUAUUAUUAUUAUUAUUAUUACUAUUACUAUUUUAGUGUCUGAAAGAGGCCAGCCAAAGAAACAAAAAUGUAACAUGAAAAAAAGAAAAAAACUUACUAAUAUGCCACCUCCUCAUCCUCUUAAAAAUAGAUAAAUAAACAAACAAAUAAACAUAUAAAUAAGAAAAAAUAAUAAUAAUUAAUCGAUUAAUUAAGAUAAGAAUAAAAGGAACAGAAAAGAUAAUUCAGAAUGAAGGACAAGUAGUAGAGGUAAGGCCAAGGUAGGUCAUGCAACUGCUUGGAAGCACAUGGCUUCCCUUGCACAAGCAAGACCUUGCUUGCACCUCCCCUCCUCACUUGGAGGAGGACACUGAUCUCACACCCUGAGAUACCUUGAUGCAAGCUUGGGACAUUCCCGCUUCUAUUCUUCAGCUCUGCGAUGGGAUGGGUACGUUGACCAUUGGGAUACUCCUCAAAUGAACAGUUCGUCUUAUCAAACGUUGAAUCAACUCACUGAGUUAAGAAAUGUUAUGGCUGUCACCCUCCUCCUACCCUCGCACCUCCCAAAAAAAGAGGUUUAAUUUAGACUAGCCAUCCAGCAGAAGCUCAUAAUAACCCGUCCCGCUGGUGGAACAUCCCAAACGCACCUCGAUGGCUCGCCACACAAAAUGUGCCAGAUGUGGAAUUCUCUUUCCAGAGAAGUUUAAAUUCUGCAGUAAGUGUCCUAACUUUUCAAGAUACGUUCAAUAUCGUUUAAACGUCACCACAGGAAAUCAUGUACUUAAGGAGGGCGAAACUGUGAUAUAAAACAAGUAAAUCAAUCAAUAUGAAAAGAUUAUUUUCGGCGGGAUGUAAGCAAGCAAGGCAGGUAAGGCUUGUGUAUGAGAGUUUAUGCCUUUAUGCUUGCAAGCAAUUGCAAGCACCAUCCUGGACCAGAGAUGGAGAACCAGGGAUGCAAAAAUAGAAAGGAGGAAAAUAGGCAGAGAUUCCAGUGCAUAACAAGGAGUAAAAUAUACAAAGACAUAAACAAUACGCUGGAAAAGAACAGUGAGGUAAAUAAAGUAUAAAUCAAACAAGGUAAAAAACUUAAUUUACGAUAAAGUCUUAAGCGUUUACUAAGAUAGUUUACCUACCUCACACAGAGACAGUAGCACCGUGACGGCAAUAAACUCAAUGAAAAGAGUUGCGCUUUCUCUCUUCUGUCCUUUAUUGAUCCUUUUUUUUUUUUUUUCAGAAGUACCAUAUUAUAUUUUUAUUCUGGAUCUCUAAAUAUUUUUAUGUUGUUUUUAUGUUACAAUUGUCGAAUAAUGAGUAAACUGAUUGACUUUUCAUAGUCUUGUUUUUUCAGACUAGUGGCGAAAAAGGAAGAUUAAUUGCUUGUGUGCCUUUCUCUAUUAACUUUUUUUUGUACUGUCCCCUUCCGAGAAGGGUUUGUUUACGACGCAAGAAAAAUUUAUGCAAACACGUUUACUAAGACUUUCUGCUACAAAAAUCUAUAUUAGAAUGGAUAUGUAGUUUUCGUUUUCGUUCUAUUUCGGUGUGAUACUAUGAUAUUUUGUGUUUUCGCAGAGAGAGAGAGAGAGAGAGAGAGAGAGAGAGAGAGAGAGAGAGAGAGAGAGAGAGAGAGAGAGAGAGAGAUUAGUGUGAUUAGUGUGAUUGUAUAUGUAUUACUUUAUGCUCAAAUAUCAGAACUCAUAACCUCAUAAUGCCCUCUUCAGCUACAAAACAUUAUCAAGUCUCUCUCUCUCUCUCUCUCUCUCUCUCUCUCUCUCUCUCUCUCUCUCUCUCUCUCUCUCUCUUCAACAGAAAGCCCACAAAAUACGUCAUGCUUUGCAGAGACAGCAUUUUUUAAGAAACUUAAUGAAAAAUGAGAAAAUAAGGGCAUUAUAUUUUUCAUUCAAGAAUAAUUAAACUGUUUCGAUGAUGAUAAUUAUGAUGAUAAUGGCACAUAGUAAAUUUUUUUUUUAUGAAGUUCAUUUAAGAGAAAAGUAAUUUAAUUAAAAGAAUCUUACGAGUUGUGCACGUAAAUUGAUAUUAAUUUCUAUAAGCGAGUCAAUAAAAAUCAAAGAAAGCUAAUAAAGAUAAAUUAUAUGAAAAAAAAGUUCUCCCGUUAACAUUGCACAUAAGCACAAUUACGUCAGCAGGACCGAUGAUGAACCAUUAUGCAAGAUCCAACACACACACACACACACACACACACACACACACACACACACACACACACAUACACACACAAACACACGUCGUCUCAUGAGAAUAUGAAGAUGUAAUUAUGCAUCUCACAACUCUUCCUUACCUAGGGUGGCAGAGAGCGAGCGCAGGUGUGUUGAAGGGAAUGUUAUAUAAUACAAAUACUAAUUUAGUAUCACAGUCAAUUACAAAAUAGAACUGUGAAUUAUUAAUUAUAUGUACUCGUAUUAAAUAAAUGUUUUAUUAA